UCUUUGGCUGAUCAGCUGACCGAAGAGCAGACUGCUGAGUUCAAGGAAACUUUCUCCCUGUUUGACAAAGAUGGCAAUGGUACCAUCACCACAAAGGAACUUGGAACCGUCGUGAGGUCACUGGGUCAGAACCCAACAAAAGCUGAAUUGCAGGAUAUGAUCAACGAGGUGGAUGCUGACGGUAAUGGCACCAUUGACUUCCCAGGAUUUUUGACUAUGAUGGCUAGAAAAAUGAAAGAUACAGACAGUGAAGAAGAAAUUCGUGAGGUAUUCCGAGUCUUUGACAAAGACGGCAAUGGUUACAUCAGUGCAGCAGAACUACGUCACGUCAUGACAAACUUAGGAGAAAAACUAACAGAUGAAGAAGUAGAUGAAAUGAUCAGAGAAGCAGAUAUCAAUGGAGUUGGACAAGUCAACUAUGAAGAAUUCGUACAGAUGAUGACUGCAAAGUGAAGACCUACUUUCAACUCCUUUUUCCUCCCUCUAGAAGGAUCAAAUUGAAUCUUUUACUUACCUCUUGAAAAAAAAAAAAAAAGUUCAUUUACUCAUUCUGUUUCUAUAUAGCAAAACUGAAUGUCAAAAGUACCUUCUGUCCACACACACAAAAUCUGCAUGUAUUGGUUGGUGGUCCUGUCCCCUAAAGAUGAAGCGCUACACAUCAGUUUUACGAUAUAAAUACUUGUACUAUCUUAA